GGACAGUAAUGGGGCAGCGAAAAGUUUUGGAAUGGCGUACACACUAAUAGCUGCUCUUUAUGAACUUUCUAUGUUCUCUUAUUUUGCAAAUGCUCUAAUUGAGGAGAGCCAGGGCGUGGGCUACUCCGCCUACUGCAGCGAGUGGUUCCACAGCUCGCUCAGCUACCGCCGCAGCGUCACCCUCGUCAUGGUGCGCAGCCGCAGGCCCUGCGUGCUCACCUACGGAAAGUUCGCCGACCUCUCCCUCGAGUCGCUGGCCGGGAUUCUGCGAAUUUCCUACACAUUUUUCACAGUGCUAAAUGGUGUCAACGAAUAAUCUGACCGUUGAAGAGAAAGAAAACAUAGUUAAAAAAGAAGCAGCUUCAUCAAUUUACGCAUUUUCUACAUUUAACCUAUGCACCUCACAAAUAAUUACUGUCCUUCGAAAAGACAAAGGCGAAAAGAAGGCAUGUCUCAAACAAAGAAACGCCGCUUAUUCAUUCGUUCUUUCAAGAAAACGUGAAUAUAUUAGUAGUCACAUUGAUCACACAGCAUAAAUUCGUACGCAGAUAUUCAUAAAUAAAAAACCCGCACUUCUUCUGUACUCUUUAGAACUCCCCAUAAGUAAUGCAGGACGAACGAAGUCGCGAUCGGAGAGAGGAAGAAAAAAAAAA